AUGAGUGCAGAUGAUUCGGAAAAGGAGUUCUCCCGAUGGCUUCGUAGGUUGGGUCGUGGUGAUUUGGAAACAUUCCAAAAGUUUGUAUCCAAAGAUGACACUCACAUUGAUAAGCGGUUCCUGAUGGGGAAAUUGCGCCUGGAAUUUGGACCUUGGACCUGGAAUGCCUGGACACGCUCCAUGAAGAGGGAACAGUUGAAGAUGAAUGCAAACGCCGUGUUCCAUGAAGUAGGAGAAGCUGAAGAUGAAUGUCAACUUCUUCUACAAGGAGGCAUACCCUCGCAUACAAUUCCCAUUGACUUUCCCUUCGUGUCGUCAAUAGCGGAAGAGGAAUUCGGGGUAGGGACGAGAGAAGAUAGCCUACCGACUCCCACUGAAGAAUUAGUAGAAGGAAGAGCAUCACGAUCGUCUUGUGGGGAGAUUUCCUCCCUGGAGAUGUCCAGCAAUCCAGUCCAGGCAGGGAAGACGGAGAAGGUGACCGAUGAUCACCCGACUCAGGAAUCCCAAGUCGGAGCGAGAAAGUUGAGGGAGGCCAUGAAGGCCAUCGUGAUCGUCGCAUGUGCAGCUCUUGCAAUCCAACAGGUCAUACUUUUGGUCGACGAGUACCAGUCUUUCCCGACCAACACCUUGCACAUGAUUGAUAAUGUGAACACGGUCCCGCCUCCAGCAUUUACGAUCUGUCCGAAACCAUCUCUGAAGAAAGCUUCUGACAAAGGGUAUUGGAGCGAGCGAAUAUUUUAUGACCUGGAGGACGUCACUGGGUAUUUCAAGUGCUUCACGCUAUAUCUGAAGGAAGAACUACCUGUGGCCAAGAAGAACUGCGUAACUCAAGUCUUCAAAUUGAAUUUCUUAUCCAUCAUGUCAUCAGCAUUCACACAGUGCAUCGAGAACUGCUUCUGGGAAAUGGUUCAGUCUGAUCCCGACCUACCAUGUCUCAGCCCUGGCCUCCUACCUGACGGAGCCAAUCUCACGAAACCCAAAUGUGGAAGUCCCAGGAAUGAAUCCAUGCAGGGGGACCGACUGGUCCCCUUGGGUAAGAAACCCCUUCGGAAUCGUUGGCAUCUGUCUCGGGGCGUGUCUCUCAUCACCAUCUACGAUAUCCUCGAUCUAAUAUUAUCCAGCAUCCGUUGCAAAAUGAGCCGAAAGAGGAAUGAGACCGUUUCCAAGGAAAUUCGCUGA